AUGUCUAUAUUUACCGGUGCUGAAGUUACAGGUGCAUUACCAGUAGAUUUUGCCUGCUUGCUUGUUUGCUUUGUCUUCUUGGGUUGUACCUCCGGUUCAGUAUCCUCUGACUCCGGGGGUCCAGGUGGAGGUGUUCAAGCAUGUAAAGGCGUGACUCGAGAACUUAAAGCUAUUCUAGAGAAAGAGUUGGUUGCUUCAAUGGUAGGAAAAGUGAAGAAGGUACAAAAGAAACAAAGAAUUGAAGAAGAUAUAUCUAGAUUCACAUAUAUCAUGUCUUCCUCCUCUAUGCAAUCCAACCCGGUGAGGGUAUCAAAAGAGAGUGGAAAACUUUUCAACAACUUUUGUAAACCAGUCCUUGCUAAUACAGGGGGUCCAGGUGGAGGUGUUCAAGAAUGUAAAGGCGCGACUCCAGAACUUAAAGCUAUUCUAGAGAAAGAGUUGGUUGCUUCAAUGGCAGGCAAAGUGAAGAAGGCACAAAAGAAACAAAGAAUUCAAAAAGAUAUAUCUAGAGUCACAUAUAUCAUGUCUUCCUCUUCUAUGCAAUCCAACCCGGUGAGGGUAUCAAAAGAGAGUGGAACAUUGUUCAAUAAAUUUUGGAAACCAGUAGAGAAACAGGAGGUGGAUGAUGCAGUUGCUGAUUUGUUUUACACAAGUUCUAUUCCAUUCAAUGUUGCGAGAAGUCCACAUUUUCCCAAUACAGUUCACAAAAUUGUAGAGCUUGGCAAAGGGUACACACCCCGAGGUUCAGAGGCUAUCAAGACAACUCUUUUGCAAAGUUCAAAAGGUAGAGUGACUGAGAAACUAGUUGAUGUCAAAGCCACCUGGAAGGAAACAGGUUGCACAAAAUUUAGUGAUGGAUGGUCAGAUAUGUGUCAAAGCCCAUUGAUUAAUGUUUUGGCGUCAUGUCUUGAUGCUAUUGUGUUUUUGAAAGUCAUUGACACAAUGAACCACAAGAAAACUUCAAAGAAGCAUGCAUCAAAGGAAUUGUUGAGGCCUUGUGAAACAAGAUUUGCUUCAUUUUAUAUCACUUUGAAAAGAGUGGUUGAAGAAAAAGAAACUUUGAGAUCUAUUAUUUGUUCCAAUCAGUGGGAAAGUUCAGUGUUUUCUAAAGGCCCUAAGGGGAAGAACAUAGAGAAAAUCAUCCUAAAUUGCAAUUUCAGGGAAAGUGCAACAAUUUUUUUGCUUAUAUGUGAACCAAUUAUUGAUGUGCUUCGUGUGGUUGAUGGUGUCACUCCUUGCCUUGGCAUUAUUUAUGAAAGCAUGGACUGGUGUAAGGAAUCUAUUCAAAAAACACUAAACAUUGAAGAGGCAGAAUAUACAUGCAAAUAUGAGAGAGUUGAUUGCAGAUGGAAAAUGAUGCACACACCUUUGCAUGCAACAACUUGUUUUUUGGAGCCUAAGUUGUUUUCUAUUGAUAGAAGGGGUGAUAAUAAAAUCAUGGAAGGGCUUUACCAAGCUAUUAGCAGGUAUGUACCAGAUCCAGAAACUGCAGCACUAAUCACAAAACAAAGUUGGCAAUACAAGAUAGGAGAAGGGAUGUUUGGAGGAGCAAAAGCCAAAUAUGACUCACCACGUAUGCCUGGAUAG